AUGGCCGCCGGCGAGCAGCACAGCGCCCCGAAGAUCUCCUCUUCCACCACCACCAAUUCUUCCGGGAGGCCCGUCACUCCGUUCUGGAAAGAGAAGUACGAGCGAGAUGCGCGCAGGUACUGGGAUAUCUUCUACAAGCGCCACGAGGACAAGUUCUUCAAAGACCGACACUACUUGGAUAAAGAAUGGGGGAAGUACUUUGAAGCCCAAGAUGGUGGGAAUAUGGUUGUUUUGGAGAAACACAAGGACUUCAGACCUGACCAUGUUAAUGCAUUUGCAUGUGAUAUUACAUCAGAACAACUGACAGAUGCUGUGGAGCCAUCCUCCGUUGACCUUGUGACAAUGGUAGCAUUUGCCCCAGAUAAAAUGCCUUCAGUUCUGCAGAACGUGAAAAAUAUCCUCAAACACGGUGGCCGUGUGCUCUUUCGGGACUAUGCCUUUGGUGACCUUGCUCAGGAAAGGCUUAUGUCCAAAGGCCAGCAAAUAAGUGAGAACUUUUAUGUCAGAGGUGAUGGCACGCGUGCGUACUACUUUUCAAACGAGUACCUGGUGGAUUUGUUCUCAAAAUGUGGAUUUACUCUUGAGGAAAUUUGUGUACACAACAAAAAGGUCGAGAACCGUUCACUAGACUUGGUGAUGAACAGGAAUUGGAUCCAAGCUACCUUUAUCCUUAACCCAGCGGGUCCUCUAAGUCCAAAUAAUCAACAUGACCACAGUACUUGUGAAGGGAAGGAUGCUGUUGACACGUCUCAGAAGAGCGAAAGUGAAGAAAUUGACCUUUCUGUGGAUUUUAGCAAUAUGUUUGGAACGUCGCACUAUCUUAAUGAGGCACAAAUUAUUAUGAUUGAAGCAAAGGAUCAUGACUUCAAAAUAAAAAUGCUGGCGAAAGAAUACCAGCACACCUGCAAAUCAACUGGACUAAUGCUCUGGGAAUCAGCUCAGUUCAUGUGCAGUCUUCUAGCGGAGAAUCCUUCCAUAGUCGCUGGCAAAAGGGUGCUGGAAAUGGGCUGUGGUUCAGCUGGCAUCUGCUCAAUGGUUGCUGCCAGUUCUGCUCAGUUUGUUGUAGCCACCGACGGGGAUGCAGAAUCGCUCGAUCUUCUCAGACAGAACACUUCCUCCAAUUUGGAUGCUGAACUUCUCAACAGAAUUUCGAUUAGGAAGCUGUUCUGGGGUGACGAAGAUGAUGUGAAGGCGGUCAGAGAGCUUUCUGGCGAUGGUGCAGGUUUCGAUUGCAUAAUAGGCACUGACGUGACCUACAACCCUGAUGCUACACUUCCUCUCUUCAAGACUGCUAGGGCACUGAUUUCUGACGGUGGCGAUGCUGGUUCAAAGGCAGCCCUUAUUCUUUGCUACAUCCAGCGUCGUGUUGACGAGGAUUCGAUCCUCUUAGCAGCAGAAACCCAGGGCUUCAGGCUCGUGGACAAAUGGAUAAAUGGAGUUCACGAGAGUAAUGGUACCAUUAGCUGUUGGUUCCGUGGCAAUGAUGUUUGUGGUGCUUUCCGGAAUAGGGAGUACUAUGGAUCAGAUAUCUUCAGCGGGAGCAGAUGGCACGCUGCUGCAACCCUGGUUGUUCUCCUGGCCAGUGUGUAUUCCACACUCAUUAUAAAGUUUCCUUAUAUAUGUCGAUUGGUUCAUGUUCAUAAUCAUAUAUACCGUGUACCCUGGCUCUCCCCGGUGCGACGGCGAGGCUGGGCAGUGCGGAUCUCUACGGCCAUCGCCAAGGCCGUUGGUGAAGAUAGACGAACGGGAUGUCCACGUACAGUUUACGCAAACGCGCAGUGUUGGCGGAAUCUGGUAUGCAAACGCACAGUGUUGGCGGAAUCUGGACGGUGGAAGCGGCUACCCACGAUUGGUUUUGCCCCGGCUAUCUCUAUCCUGGGCCAGCAUAUCACCAGGUUGGUGCAGGCGCCCCAUGUCAUCACAGGAGCUGUUGCCGAGUGA